AUGGAGGGCCAUGCAUCACAACCGUCGGAACGAAUUCCCGCCAUCCAGGAAUAUUUCGCACGAUGGACAGCCCAAAUUCAUCCUGUGAAAUCACCAGAGGCAGAGUUCCAAGAAAGGAUCAAGAUGGCCCAAGAUUCGUUCAAUAGCCUAACACACUCGUCACAAAACUCGUUCGACAAAUUCGACGAGAUUAUGAGCUGCGGAGACCGCAUCAAAGAGCUUAUGGCGUUACACAAAGAUACUAAGGAACAAAAGGAGCGCGAAUAUCAGCAAAGGCUCUGGGAACAGCAGGUUGCCUCGUUUAAUGAACAUCUAGACCUUUUUGGUCCUGAACUUGGUAAACAGCUAUACACUAUACCAGGCGACGUCGAUACCCACCAACCCGACGACACAACUGCCUCGGGUUUCGCUCCUACACAUAGCCCUCUUGCCCAGCCGACAAGCACGGACGACCCAGUACCUAGCCCUCCCAACGCCGAAAACGCAUUCGAGCUGACCGGCCACGCGAACGAACUACAAAGAAUCGAACACGAUACCUCGUCAGGUCCCCAAAAGAGACCGAUCGACUCCAACAAAUCCCCCGAAUCUCGUCCGACCCGUCCAACGAAACGCGUUCGAUCGGAUGUAACACAAGGGCCUCUGACCGACAGAACCAUUGACUUUGACCAAGUCUACCAAAACGGGCAAGCCGAGCCCAAGUAUAACAUCGUCGAGCAUGACGGGUUCUGGUAUAUCCUCGAGUGUAAUAAACAUAGAUUGCAUUUCAACAAUCAUCCCAUUCGUGGUGCCCAGAAACAUCUUCGGGGUAAGAAGCAUAACCAGACUUCUGUCAAUUACGAAGGGGCCAUCCGCGCUCUCGGAACUCGUGUUCUUAACUGCACUGACGAGAAAGUUGCUGAGAAUAAUGAGGCUGCGCGAAGACCAUCUUAUUCUCAGAUGGGUCGGCCCGUCAAUAGUAUUGCUCCCCCAGUCGCCCACAGCCUUCCGACGCGGAGUAACCAGAAUCGCACCGAGAUUGAUCCCCAGCCUGGAGAGGUAUACACAACCUUUUGGAGUGACACAAAGAAGUUCUUUGCCAUUCUGGUUCUGCCUUGGCGUAAUGUGGGACAUCUCGGUAAAGACCUAUCGCUCACUGUCAAGGACACCGAGCUCAUCAAGAAGGUCCCAUCCUGUUAUCGAUAUAACCAUGUCGACGAGUCAUACGAAUGGGCUCCGCACUACCGCCCUGGUGGACAGUCCUACUUGAAGAGGAAAUAUCCUAUUAUGUAUUUUGAUGCGGAGGUGUUUCCGGGGAAAUGCCGCGUUUAUUGGGUUGCUGCACACGAGUUUCAACUAUACGAUCCCAGGGUUACUACUAUCCCGUUCAAAGACAUUGUGGAUGGCUAUAUUGCAUCAAGGAAUAGCAGUAAUGACCAAGCAGUCCCUCAUAUUGACGGCGGACAAGGAAACCUUAGCGAUGACCGACCGACGGCCGAAAUAUUCCCCCGCCAAGAACAAUCGACAGACAUCCCCGGUCGAGAGAUCAUUGUCAUUGAUGAUGAGAGUGAUGAUGAAACCGGAGGUGGUGAGCUAUGGCCUGAUACACCCGUCGGGACCCCCAUUCCCAAGACCGAGCCUCAAGAGGUGCCCAUGACGAUGGGUGGUGCCCAGCAAGAUUCAGGCACCAACGACGGCAAUGCGUCUCCACAGCAGCCGCUGGUGGCUGAGGUAGUGAACCAUAGUCAACGUCGAGUAAACGAAGAUGGGGACUCUCAUGGGGACUUGAUCGGCUCUGCAGAGUUCCUUCGGCGUUUACAUCGUCAAACAGACUCUAUCCUGCCAAACCCCGGUCAUGCUCGGCAAUGUGAUGACAUGCCUGAGUCUCCAGUACCAACCGGGACCGCCUCUUCAAACCCUUUGAUUAAUAUGCAACCCCCAGCGCCUCCUGGUGCUAAUGCUACAUUGUUCCAAUGGCCUCCAACGCUUUCAGUCGGAGAGCACGAAGCGACCCCAAUUGACAACCUGAAUUUCCAUUCCCAUCAUCUACCUCAACCAGCGACUACUAAUACCCGCGCCCCUGAAGCCAUCAUGACCCCCCUGUCUCAUGACCUGAAUCCACCAGACGCCUCUCAGAGCCAGCCUGCCCAAGCAACGGAAUUGUACGAUUACUUCGACCAAGCACGAAGCAGAUCAUCGCAAUGCCGAAUUGAUAGCAACGGCCGUCUUAAAUGGACUACUCCCAAGACCACGGCUAGGAUGGCUAGGAAAUAG